GGCGCGCUGCCCUCGGCUCCCGGCCCUCGGCGAGCUCGGCGUGCCCAGCUUGGGAGCGCAGUGCACGGCGGCACCAUGCGGUCCCACAAUUUCGAGCUGAUUUUUGACCGCGUAGGGCACUUUGGCAGAUUUCAGAUAGUCCUCUAUUUUAUAUGUGCCUUCCAGAACAUCUCUUGUGGUAUCCACUACUUGGCAUCCGUGUUCAUGACAGUGUCCCCCUACCAUACCUGCCGGCCUCCGGGCAACGUGAGUCAGGUUCUUUUCCACAAUAUCUCUAGUUGGAGGCUGGAGGACAUCUGGAUCCUGUUUUUCACAGGCCAUGAAGAUCAGAUUAUAGUGCAGCUACAGAACGGUGAGGUCUGGGAGCUCACAAGUUGUCACCGAUUCCGGAGGGAUGAAAAGUCUGGUUUGAACUCUGAUUAUAAUGGCCAGAAGAGCAGCUUUCCUUGUUUGGAUGGCUACAUCUAUGACAAGAGCAAGUGGGACAGCACCGUGGUGACUCAGUGGGAUCUGGUGUGUAACCGAGAAUGGUUUGCAAAGAUGGUCCAGCCCGUAUUUAUGUUGGGAGUCCUGCUGGGAGCAAUGAUUUUUGGCUACCUUUCUGACAGGCUAGGAAGACGGCUCGUCUUGUGGUCCACAAGCACUGGCAUAUUUUUCUUUGGCAUAGCAGUGGCUUUCUCAUCUGAUUAUUACAGCUUCAUGAUCGCACGCUUUCUCCUAGCCAUGUCUGGAAGUGGCUAUCUCGUGGUGGUGUUUGUCUAUGUGACGGAAUUUAUUGGCAUGAAGUCUCGGACGUGGGCAUGCAUCCAGAUGCAUUCCUUUUUUGCCAUUGGAACAAUGGUGGUGGCUUUGACAGGCUACUUUGUCAGGACCUGGUGGACCUAUCAGAUAGUCCUCUCCACAGUGACUGUCCCCUUUGUCGUGUGCUGUUGGAUACUCCCAGAGACACCUUUUUGGCUUCUCUCAGAGGGAAGAUAUGAAGAAGCACAGAGAGUAGUUGAUAUGAUGGCCAAGUGGAAUAGGGCAAGCUCCUGUAAACUGUCAGAACUUUUGUCACUGGAUCUAAAUGGUCCUGUUGGUAAUGAACCCUUUGAAGUUAAGAAGCACAACCUAUUAGAUCUGUUUUAUGACUGGAAUGUUGGAACAAGGACACUUAUUGUUUGGCUGAUUUGGUUCACUGGGUGUUUGGGAUUCUACUUCUUCUCCUUGAAUUCUGUUAAUUUAGGAGGCAAUGAAUAUUUAAACCUCUUCCUCAUGGGUGCAGUGGAAAUUCCUGCCUACGUCUUCAUAUGCUGGGGGAUGGACAGUAUAGGGAGAAGAAACGUUCUGGUCUUCUCCCUUAUCUCAGGAGCACUGCUCUGUGGUGUGGUUAUGGUGAUCCCCAAGGAUUACCUUGUUUGGACUGUGGUGGUGACUAUGGCUGGAAAAUUUGCCAUAGGGGCAUCGUUUGGCCUCAUUUACCUUUAUACGGCAGAGCUGUAUCCAACCAUGGUAAGGUCGCUGGCUGUGGGAAGCGGCAGCAUGGUGAGCCGUGUGGGAAGCAUCGUGGCCCCGUUCUGGGUUUCUCUCUCCAGCGCUUGGACCUUCCUACCACAGCUGCUUGUUGGGAUUUUGGCCUUCGUAAGUGGAGUGCUAUCGCUAAUACUUCCAGAAACCAUGGGGAUGCCUCUGGCAACGACUUGGGAGGAGGCUGCCAAACAGGAUACAGAAAAAGAGAGUUCAGGCAAAUUAUUUCCCACAACCAAAAAUACCGCGUUGGAAAAAAUGGAAGUCAUUGACUCGGGGGUUUCUGGUCUUGGUGAAUAAAUGUACUGUGUUUACUUUAAUGACUUUGUAUUAGAGGAAUAUUAUUCUCAUCUCCUGAAUGUCAUUUGUAUGUCUUUUAAAAUUUUUUUUGUAAGAAAAUCUUAAAACAAUUGUUUUGUAAAGGUAAAAGAAAUAAAACCAAGAUGAGAAUUCUCAUU